UUGGGCUUUAUCUCGGAUAUGUAAAAUUUUUAAAAUGGCGUCGGCAAAUGCCAUCUCCACCGCCUCAGUCCUUGCUUCUCCUAAACAAGAGAGUUCGAGGUUGGUGGUUAGAGCUGCUGCUAAGGAUAUCGCAUUCGACCAGGCCUCGAGGGCGGCGCUCCAGGCCGGCAUCGGUAAGCUCGCCGAUGCCGUUGGCCUCACCCUUGGCCCUAGGGGGAGGAAUGUAGUCUUGGAUGAAUUUGGGACCCCAAAAGUAGUUAACGAUGGGGUGACCAUUGCUAGAGCCAUUGAGCUACCUGAUGCGAUGGAAAAUGCUGGUGCUGCUCUAAUUAGGGAGGUUGCAAGCAAGACCAACGAUUCCGCUGGUGAUGGGACUACAACUGCAUCAGUUCUUGCUCGUGAAAUUAUUAAAUUGGGCUUACUAAAUGUAACCUCUGGUGCUAAUCCAGUUUCAAUAAAGAAAGGGAUUGAUGAAACUGUUCAGGGGUUGAUUGUUGAGUUGGAGAAGAGAGCUAGGCCUGUCAAAGGCUGCGAGGACAUUAAAGCCAUUGCGUCUAUAUCUGCUGGAAAUGAUGAGAUUAUCGGGACCAUGAUUGCUGAUGCAAUUGACAAGGUUGGACCUGAUGGUGUUCUGUCUAUAGAGUCAUCCUCCUCUUUUGAGACAACUGUUGAUGCGGAAGAAGGGAUGGAGAUCGACAGGGGUUACAUCUCCCCGCAAUUUGUAACCAAUCCUGAGAAGUUGAUUGUUGAAUUCGAGAAUGCAAGAGUACUGGUUACAGAUCAGAAGAUCUCAUCAAUAAAGGAUAUAAUCCCCUUGCUGGAGAAGACAACUCAAUUGCGGGCCCCUUUGCUUAUCAUUGCCGAAGAUAUCACUGGUGAGGCUCUUGCCACUCUUGUCAUGAACAAGCUGAGAGGCAUCCUGAAUGUCGCUGCCAUCAAAGCACCAGAUUUUGGCGAGAGGAGGAAGGCACUUCUUCAAGAUAUUGCUAUUGUGACAGGAGCUGAGUUCCAAGCUUCUGACCUGGGUUUGCUUAUUGAGAACACCACGGUUGAGCAGCUUGGUUUGGCACGAAAAGUGACCAUCUCAAAGGACUUCACUACCAUAAUUGGGGAUUCUGCAUCAAAAGAUGAGAUACAGGCUAGGAUUGCACAGAUUAAAAAGGAGUUGUCGGAGACAGAUUCUUUGUAUGACUCGGAGAAACUCGCUGAGAGAAUUGCCAAAUUAUCAGGGGGAGUUGCUGUCAUUAAAGUGGGUGCUGUGACAGAGACUGAACUUGAAGACCGUAAGCUGCGUGUUGAGGAUGCAAAGAAUGCAACUUUUGCAGCCAUAGAGGAAGGGAUUGUUCCUGCAGAAAAUCGGGCUAAAGUCCAAAAGUAGUUGCUUAAUACGCCAUUUAGUCUAGGCUAGGUUUUAAUGAACGGUUUUGGAUCAUAUAAAUAACAUCUCUAUGGUAUGUUUAGGUAUAUAUGGUUUACAUGUUUGGUGUUA